ACAAGUGUUCUUACCAAGUAACAACAACCAAGUAGUUGCAAGAUGCAAGCAAAAUAUUUCACGAUCUUCACCUUCGUUUUUGGUGUUGCGCUAGCAAUUCCAGCACCGUCGACUAUGCUGGAUGAUGUUCCCGAUCGUCGAAUUGUCAAUGGAACAGAUGCGUCCAUUCUUGAUUAUCCAUUCAUGAUUUCGCUCCGUGGCAGUACCGGUGGACAUUCGUGCGGUGGUAGCAUCCUGUCAGAGCUUUGGGUAUUGACGGCUGCUCACUGCGUGAGUUCUACCACACCGUAUCUACAGACAAUUCAGGUCGGACGUACCAACAUCUAUCGUGAGGCAGAUGACUCGGUGUACGGCAUUGCGCAGGUGAUCUCCCAUCCAGAAUACGAUUCGCGCACCAGUCAUGUCAACGAUAUUGCACUGCUGAAGCUGCAACAACCGCUCACGUUCAGUGAGAGUGUCUAUCCGGUGCGUUUACCGAGUCCGUUGUUUGAGGUGGAGGACGAUCUGGACGACCUGGGCGUGACACUGAUUGGAUGGGGUCUCACGGCAACGGGCGGAUCGGCACCAAGCACACUGCAGCGUGUGGAUUACUACGUCGUACCGAACGAGGAGUGUAAUGCAAUCCACACGAGCACGAUCUAUCCGUCGCACAUCUGCGCCGCCAUCCCCGGUGGUGGCAAGGGACAGUGCAGCGGUGAUUCGGGUGGUCCGCUGCUGCAUCAUGGCGUACAGGUGGGCAUCGUUUCGUGGAGCAUUAAACCGUGCGCCGUUGCACCGUACCCUGGAGUGUUGACCAAAGUUUCGCACCACAUUGAAUUUAUUGAAAAGCACACCGGUAUCUCGCACUGACCUUGACAAUGGAAUGACUAUUUGUACAACCAAAAAAAUAUGCGCUUUAGACGAUAUGUAAUAAAAACAGAAACAAAACAAAUUGCGAGUAAUUAAUGGAUUAAUGGAGCUGUGAUAAGAUGCAUCACAGAAUGCUAUAGUAUAUUCAAGGACUUUGAUUCACAUUUAAGAAUUAGUGAUAUCUUGCCGUUUAAUCAGUCCGACAACUUCCAAGAAUCAUUACAAAAGACUAGCACUGAAGUUCAUCAGUGACUUCUGCCACAAUUCUUAGAAUUCUAACAAUUUCUUUGAU